AUGGCAGAAGUAGACCAAAAUUCCGUUACGCAACAACAGAUACUACCUCCGGACUAUUCUUUGAAAGAGCCAGAACCGGAACAUUGUCCGGGCCCAGAGUCCGAAAACGCUGGAAAAGGCGACUCUUGUCAGGGCUGUGCCAACAAGGAAAUAUGUGAAAGUCUUCCCAAGGGCCCAGAUCCAGAUUUGCCGUUGAUAAGAGAUAAUUUAGCCAAUAUUAAACACAAAGUUUUGAUCCUUUCCGGUAAAGGAGGUGUCGGGAAAUCGACAUUCACUACAAUGCUAAGCUGGGCCUUAUCUGCAGACGAGGACCUACAGGUUGGUGCCAUGGACCUUGAUAUAUGUGGGCCGUCUUUGCCACAUAUGCUUGGAUGCCGUGACGAAAAUAUUCACGAAUCAAAUACUGGCUGGACCCCAGUUUACGUCACCGAUAAUUUGGCUACCAUGUCUAUCCAGUACAUGUUGCCCGAUACAGACUCUGCCAUCAUCUGGAGAGGCUCCAAAAAGAAUGCACUAAUCAAGAAGUUCUUAAAAGACGUGGAUUGGGACUACCUUGACUACCUACUCAUCGAUACUCCUCCAGGGACCUCGGAUGAACACAUCUCAAUUAAUAAUUACUUGAAAGAGAGCAAAAUUGACGGAGCUCUAAUAGUAACAACUCCCCAAGAAGUGGCCCUAUUAGAUGUACGAAAAGAGAUUAACUUUUGCAAGAAAGCAGGUAUUAAUAUCCUUGGACUCGUGGAAAACAUGAGUGGGUUCGUUUGCCCUAAUUGUAAAGGCGAAUCACAAAUAUUCAGAGCAACUACGGGCGGUGGUAAAGCUCUUUGUAAGGAGCUGAAUAUACCGUUUUUAGGAUCGGUCCCAUUAGAUCCAAGGAUUGGUAAAUGUUGUGAAACUGGUGAAAGUUUCUUAGACGAAUACCCUGAUAGUCCGGCAUCUGCUGCCAUCCUUGAAGUUAUAGAAUCCCUAAGAGACGCCGUGGGUGAUGUUUAA